UCUUCCUUUAUAUACUCGCUUUCCGCAUGAGAAAUUGAAACCCUAGAUUGAUUAUCUUUUUCCUUCUACCACCACCGCCUCUGCAGCCAUGACUAAGCGCACAAAGAAGGCUGGAAUUGUUGGCAAAUACGGAACAAGAUAUGGUGCCAGUCUGCGAAAGCAGAUCAAGAAGAUGGAAAUCAGUCAGCAUUCCAAGUAUUUCUGUGAAUUCUGUGGAAAGUAUGCCGUGAAGAGGAAGGCCGUUGGAAUUUGGGGAUGCAAAGACUGUGGCAAAGUGAAAGCUGGUGGUGCCUACACGUUGAACACGGCUAGUGCAGUCACUGUGAGAAGUACCAUCCGAAGGUUGAGGGAGCAGACAGAAAGUUAGAGCUCAUCAGUCUUUUGUCGUUAAGCUUCUUUUUGUUCUUGAAGAAGUAUAGCUAUACAGUACAAGGUUUCUUGUUUUGUUUUGAUAUUAGUAGCUUGACAUGGUUAUCCUACAUUUUGCAAUGUAGAUGUCUAUCUCUUUCUAGAAGUAGUCAUGUUUAAAUUGCUGAAGAAGAUGACUUGUAUGGUUCAACUCUUAUGAGAUUUCGAAAACUUGUGUCAGCUUCACCAAAUGACACGAUCAUCAUUUUUGUGCA